AUGGUGCCAAGUGGCAAAAAGCCAUCAGGAGGCUGCCAUGCUUGCAGGGCGCGUAAAACAAGAUGUGAUCAAAAGCCUGACGGGUGCACCCAAUGUCAAAAGGCAAAACGAGUCUGUCCAGGAUACAGGAGCAAGGGAGACUUGAUCUUCCGGGACGAGAGUACUAAUGUGGUGAAAAAGAUCAAGGCUAGAGAGGCUAAGAAGCAGUCAAAGAUAAAGUCAUCCUCGACUGCACCAUCUUCGCCAUCUACCAGUUUGGUAUCUACGGAACAUGGUCAAGACGACCUUAGCACCACAAGCUCACCUCGAGAAAUACAAAGAGAGGAGCAUUCACCAUUGACCAUUGUUUACAGUGUGUCGCAAGAUCUUGAGGAUCGUGCCAUAAAUAUAUUUGUAUACAAUUAUGUACUUGACCCUAAUGGGCCAUCAACGGGCCAUUUAGACCGCGUCACCCAACUCUCCCGGGCUCAAUCCUUAGAUGACUGGGUGUUUACUGCGAUGAAAGCUGUUGGCUUAGCAGCUUAUUCUCACAUGGCAAAAGCGCCAUCCUUAUUGAAUCAUGCUCGAUAUCAGUACAUGAAAGCGAUUAGGCUCACCAACGAGGCUCUCAGAAGUCACAAUGUGACAAAAGAUACCACUCUGAUGGCAAUCCAGAUUCUUGGGAUAUUUGAGCAAGUCACAGGCUGCAAACAAAAGUCGAUUCAAGACUGGAUCCAGCACAUCCUUGGGGCAGCAGCCGUGAUAAAAUUGCGAGGGAAGCGACAGUCAGAGACUCCUGAGGGCCGCAGGAUGCUGGUGUCUGUUACAUCAAACCUGUUGAUACGCUGCGUCUACGGAAGAAUGCGCUUGCCAAUACACCUCCGUCAAUACAUGGAAAAUGCCAUAGAGUUAUCUGGUCAUCUCUCAAUUGGCCUAAAAGCACAAGGUGUCAUGAUGCUUCUUGCAGACCUUCGAGCGGAUAUCGAAGAAGGUCUUCUGAGCGACCCUUCAGCUAUUAUUCUCAGAGCUACGGAGUUAAACAACAUGCUUGCGGAUUUUACCGAUAACGUUCCUGCGGAUUGGACUUAUGACAUUAUUCACACCGACGUCGAAUCUGAUAUCAUCUAUAAUGGAACUUACCACAUUUACUACAAUUCAUGGGUGGCUCAUAUGUGGAACGCAAUUCGAACGCAAAGAAUUAUGAUUUACAAUCUUAUCAAAGAGAGUCUGCAGGCUGGUAUGACAUGUACGCCACCAAUGUUCACGAAGGAAGGUUUCGUCUCUCAAUUUCAAAUAGCGACCGAGAUGCAGCGUAGUCUUCAACACGACAUUCUUUCGAGCGUCCCUCAACAUAUCGGUAUCGGUGAUCCGCCAUCCUCUACAGCUAAGGCCAGCGAUACCAAUCCAAUCCCAACGUCAGGGGGGUUAUUCAUUAUGUGGCAUCUAUGGCUUGUGGGAAUUGUGGAUGGAACUCCGGCUCCCAUGCGGAGUUAUGUCGCUCGAAUUCUCCACUCCAUCGGAGAUGUCCAAGGAAUCCAGCAAGCUCAUGUUUUCGCGGACCUGGUUCAAAGAACUUCAUAUAUUGAAGUUUGGCAUGAGAAGGAGAAUGUAGGAUCAUUGCAGAUGGAAGCUGAGGUUUCAGGAUCAAGUCAUGGACAUCAAAUGAUAGAAGCCGAAUAG